AUGCAUAGAAUACAGUAUCGGUGGAAGAAGGAGCCAAAGGGAAUGUAUUCAGAUGGUCACAAACAUGAUGAUGUUGUCGAUUACCAUCAGAACAAAUUUCUGCCACAAUGGGCGGUGCUGGAUCUGUGGUGUCGGUGGUGGGACAAAAAUGAUGAAGAAAUUCCUCACUCAUUUGUUGCUGCACCCAAUGGGAAGAUUGUUGCUGAAAGUAACUCAAUAACCAGUUUCUGCAGUGCAGAUCCACUCACACAAGGUCACACUAUUUUCAGACCAGAGAAGAACUGUGACAGAUACUACACAAAUGCAGAAAUUCUUGAACAAGUAAUGAAGGCAAUGGAUAUCCUUGACCAUGAUUACCCCAAUGAAUGGCACAUUUUUGCUUAUGACAAUGCAGCCACUCACACUGCUUGUGCUCCCAAUGCACUAUCAGCAUCAAAGAUGCCUGCAAAGCCAAGUAAAACAUUUUAUUAUGGUUCAUUUCCAGAUGGCUCACCACAGUCCUUCUAUUUUCCCAACAAUCACCCUGAUGUCGAAUUGUGUGGCCUGUUCAAAGGCAUGAAAGAGAUUAUUCAGAAAUGUAAUGAGAAGGGUGCUGGCCUUCCAGAUCUAUUCGCAACUCGCUCAAAUUGCUUUAUGGAUGCCUACCAGAAGCAUCUAAAUGGCCAGAAAACAGCUUGGGCAGGCAAGAAGUACUAUGGUCAUUGUGUUCUUCCAGAAAAUAUCCUUGAAAAGUUUGACAAAGCUCACCCUAAUGAAAAAUAG